UCCGGCCCGGACCCGGACCCGAGAGGAGGAUCCGGCCCGGUACCGGGGGGAGGAUCCGGCCCGGUGCAGCGGGGCGGGGCGGGACAGCGGGAGACAAAGAAGGAAACUUCGGCGAAGAGCGAGAGCGCGGCCGGGACCUGCCGGGACCCGCCGGGACACCGGGACCCGCCGGGCCCCACCGGGACACGGGGACCCUCCGGGACCUGCCGGGACACCGGGACCCGCCGGGACCCACUGGGAAACCAGGACCCCCCCCCCCCCGGGACACCGGGACCCCCCCGGGGGCCCCCCGGGACCCGCCGGGACACCGGGACCCCCUGGGACCCAUCGCGGAUCCCCCGAGACCCGCCAGGACACCAGGACACCGGAUCCCCCCGGGACCCCCCCUGGACACCCCCACCCCGGGCGCAGAGCCCGGGACACCGGAUUCCCCCGCUCCCACCCCCCCACCCCGGACGCCGGGGCCCCGAGCGGCGGCGGCGGCGGCGGGAUGCGGCGGGGCUGAACCCGCUGCCCGGGAUCCGGGGUCCUCGCUGCCCCCGGCGCCCCCGGACCCGCGGUUCUCCAGCUUUGCAGCGUCCCCGGCCCGGACGCCGGGGCCCCCCCCUUCCCCCCCCCCGGAGUCCCCGUGUCCCCCCCCCCCCGGGGACCAUGAAGCUGCCAUCCGCCUGCUGCCGGUUCCAGGUGCUGGUGGCCGCCCUGGGCGUCUGCGUGACCGUCGGCUUCGUGGUGCAGCUCCUGGUGGGACCCUUCCAGCGGAGGUCCCCCGCGGCGCCCGCCGCCCGCCCGCCGCCGCCCUGCCAGCCCCGCACCCACCUGGUCUUCCUGAAGACGCACAAGACGGGCAGCAGCAGCGUGGUGAACCUGCUGCACCGCUUCGGCGAGGCCCACGGCCUCCGCUUCGCCCUGCCCCACCGCUACCAGUUCGGCUACCCCGGCCUCUUCCAGGCCAGCCGCGUCAAGGGCUACCGCCCCGGCGGGCCCCCCUUCGACAUCCUCUGCCACCACAUGCGCUUCAACCUGCCCGAGGUGCAGAAGGUGAUGCCCAACGACAGCUUCUACUUCUCCAUCGUGCGGGACCCGGGCACGCUGGGCGAAUCGGCCUUCGCCUACUACCGCGCCGUGGCUCCGGCGUUCCGCCGGGCUCCGUCUUUGGGCGCUUUCUUGGCUUCGCCCGAGCGUUUCUACGAACCGGGAGCGCGGGGCAACCAUUACGCCCGUAACCUGCUUUGGUUCGAUUUCGGCUUGCCGGCUCGACCCGCCGGCGCCGGAGCGGUGGCGGCGGCGCUCGAGGGUUUGGAACGGGUCUUCGCCUUGGUGCUGCUGGCCGAGCACUUCGACGAGUCGCUCGUGCUGCUGCGCGACGCCCUGUGCUGGGCCGAGGAGGACGUGGCCGCCUUCGCCCACAACGGCCGCCGGGGCUCCGGAGCCGGCGCCGGAGCCGGCGCCGGAGCCGGCGCCAGAGCCGGUGAUGGAGCCGGUGAUGGAGCCGGUGCCGGAGCCGGUGCCGGAGCCGGUGAUGGAGCCGGCGCCACGCAAGCCGCCCGCCUCCGUGCCUGGAACGCCCUCGACUGGGCGCUCUACACCCACCUGAACCGGUCGUUCUGGCGGCGGGCCGAGGCGUUCGGGGCGGCGAGGCUGCGGGCCGAGGUGGGGCGGCUGCGGGAGCGGCGCGCGGCCCUGGCCCGCCGCUGCCUGCGCGGCGGGGGGCCCGUGGCGGCGGCGGCCAUCGCCGAGAGGCGCCUCCGGCCCUUCCAGCCGCCGGGCAGGGCCGAGAUCCUGGGCUACGCGCUGCGGGCCGGGCUGGCGCCGGGCGAGCGCGAGCGCUGCGCCCGCCUCGCCACCCCCGAGCUCCAGUACAAGGACAUCCUCGACCGGCGGCAGUUCGGCAACGGCACCGCGGUGACGCCGCCCCGGGCCGGGGGGUAGCGGACGG